AUGGCGUACAAGAUUCCCAUCAAUGAGAGAUUUGGUGCCAAGGUUCUUUCGUUUUCAAAGUUAUAUGAAACAAUAAGUGAUAUCAAAAGUAAACUGAGCGAAGAUCAGCUGACUUUGUUUGAGGGAUCUUGUUUUGAAUCUAGAUUUUCAAUAAGGGAAUUUAAUCUCAUAACUGGACUGAGGUGUCACUCCCUACCAGACAUCUCAUUAUAUUUGAAAGAGAUGGAGAAUUCUGGUGAACCUAGGGUGGGUUUGCAGUAUAAGUAUUUCAAUGGAAGCUAUCAUAUUUCAUGCCAAGAGUUACAAAGGACUUUUAUGCAGUACCAAGAUCCAAAAGAUGUCUUUAAGUUGACACUUGUAUAUUUUGCUGAGUCUGUGAUCUUAGGUAGAGAUGUUAAGUUGUUGAUUGAUGUUGAUUUGUUGAAUCUGAUCGAUUAUCUUGAUAUGUUCAACAAGUUCCCAUGGGGAACUUUGUCAUACAAGAAGAUAAUACAGUCUCUGACUAAUUGUCUUGUUGGAAGGUCCGACAAAUUUAAGACUAAGCAGAAUGAUUAUGAAUGGUAUAAUCCACUGGGUUUUCCUUGGACUUUCCAACUAUGGUGGUCAUCAACUAAGGCACCAAAGUCGAAGAUUGUCAAUGAUAUACUGGAGGCGGAUGAGUAUAUUUUUACGUUGGUUACAAUCUUUGAAAUGGUCAACACACACUCAGAAAGUGAGUAG